UUUCAACUAUUGGUAGGUUGCGGACACUAUGGACAUGAACAAGUGGGCCGACCAUCUUCUCUCUCUCCACUCCCACGCCCGCGGGCUCCUGACAGCUCUCUACUGCGCCAAACAUGCCAUCGCCUCUGACGUCUCGACACCCCUCACAUCACCGACCGAUAUCCUCUCCAAAGGCGGCUCCCCAGACGUAUCGUACACUUAUAACGGUGCCUCUCUCACACCCGUAUCCCCCUCCCGCCCAGCACUUGAAAAAAUAAAAUGUCUCAACGAUCCGAAUUUGGGAGAGGUUUGGAAGAAGAUGAUGAAAAAGUUUCCAGAGUUGGCAGAAUUGACCAAGGAUUCGAGGGCUCAGGCGUUUCGUGAUGUUCAUGUACAAGUAUUGGAUGAACUUCGGCCGUACUACACCCUCCUCGUCGCCGCUAUGGAUUUCGUCGAGAUUAGUUUGGUUAUUUUGCAAGAUUCGAUUAAUCUUGUGAAUUUCAGUUCUGAUAUCAACCCCGAUCUCGUCAAUUUAUUUUUGGAUUUACUUGUGGAUCAUGUAUCGGUUAUUUACAUGUUGGCGUCCUUGGGACCUGAGCGGAAAUUGAUUGCUGCUGGGUAUUGUAAGGCGUGGUUGGUGGAUUUUGGAGAACCAGAGCGGAAUUUCAAUAGACUUUCGAAAUUCCUAUUAACGUAUGAGAAACCACUACCAGUCAUCCAAGACAAUUGCACAACACUCGCACCAAAGAUUAUAUCCUUGCUAUUGGAGAUGAAACCGGACUUGGAUCAAAGGUUGUGUAUGACUGCCGAUAAUUUUCGGAAAAUGGCGAUUUUGAGUUUGACGCCUGAGAUGAGUGGGAUUAAGGCGCCCGAGCCUGAUGAAAAGCAUUUGAGAGGAUUGACCGUCAUGAAUCGCCAAUUCAAUAUUCUGGUGAUUGGAUUUUUGGUGUGUCCAUCCGAAGUUGGGAAACAACCCGCCUGUAUCGAGUUGUUAAAGCAGGGGUUAAGCUAUGGAUAUGCAAUGCCCUUGGUUCGGAACGAGAUGUUGAAUAUUAUAGGCGAAUAUGAGCACUCUUCCAAAGCAUACAAAAAGUUGGCGAAUAUGAAGGGGGUUGUUAGUGAUACGCUCACCGUAACGGCAACAACCGCCCCGAUAUUUCAUAAAGAACGACGAGACUACCUCCGACACCAAAUCAAACAAAUGCUAUGUCUAUGCGGGGAGCGUCGGAUUCUUUGUAGUAAAUUCCCGAUGGUGGCAAGCGCCAUGGGAUUCGCGCGAGAUGAGAUUUUAUGGUACUUUUAUCAUCUUGAUAUGGAUGCUAUGGGGAAACGAAAAGGGAAAAAGGAUGUUCGGUUGUUGGAUGUUGGUGUCGUAGAGUUGAUUUGGCUUAUCAAGGAUUUGGCUAAAAGUUUACGCAAAAAUGUUGAUGUCAUCCGAGACCAUUUUGCCAGCCAAAUCGCUCAAUUUUACGCUCCAAAUCUGUUACAACUCAUUGAUAAUGCCUUGGGACCUGAUCUCGAGGUGGAGAACAUGGGGAUACUGUUAAAGGAAAUACAUCGGUUGAUUACAAUGUUUACGACGGAUGAGAUGGGGGAGUUGAUUGAUGGUGGUGGGUUAGAGGCAUUACGACUCAACUGGCUUCGUUUCCAAGUAUGCGCGGCAUUACCUUCUGCGGGGGGUGUCGCCAAUAUUUCAGACAUUACAUGGCUCAUGACGGAUCUCUGUGAACGAUCACGGUGGUUGGACAAUUUUGAUGAUUGCAUUGAGCAGCAUUCAAGUCUACGUGAAUUAUGCUUUUACCAAAACGCUCUACACGAGCAUUUGAAGGAAUGUAUGGAUGGUUUUCCGGAAUGGGUACGAUAUACAGGGGCAUUGGGGUCCCUCGCUGAGGAAUUCUUGUCCAAUAUCAGUCCAUCGUGGCCUGCCGAGGCUAAACACCUAACAAUCCAUUCCGUCCUCUUUGCAACCGAAGUUUAUUCCAUUCUUGGUCAAUAUGCCGGAAGCCUUGCCCACGAUAUCGCCUUACACAUGAUCACCUACACGAAUCAAACACUGACACAAGAAGCCGUCUCACAAAAGGGGGAUAGGAAAAAGAAAAAGAAACAGGCUGCGGAAAAAGUUGUUGCGAAACCUGGGUGGGAGAGUGUUUUGAGUGGUGUGGAUCCAGGAGCCAGGAGUCUGGAACGACAGAAACAACUCUUGCGAAAUCUACUGUUUGCACUUUCUAACCCCAUCACGACCAUUGUAUACGACUCUGAAUUUCAUCCUAUUGAGUUCUUUCUCGAGACGCUCGCGGAGCGGUUCCAAUCACAUCUUACUUCAUCUAUUUAUAAAACACCCGAUACGCCGAGUCCAUCCGGUUUCGCUGGACUAGGAGGGAGUCAUCCGACAGAUGAAGGAUUAUCGUAUGACGUAAAGCGGCCUUCUGUGUUUUUGAAUGAAGUGAGGGGGUACCUCUCUGCCGUUCGGUUUAUGGAUAACCUAGUUCCAAUGAGCUGUACAUUGGCAAUUCGAGAGGUGUUAUUGGAAGCUGUUAACUAUACAGCGGCGAGGGAUUAUGCGGAUGCACAAACAGAUCAAAUGGUCUACCCCGCCAGUCAACCGAUCAAAAAACCUAAAUCGAAGCCACCACCCAUUGGGACCAACCAGCCUUUUUUGGUUAUUUACAUGGCAUGGUACUCGGAACUAAUUGGCUCACGCGCAACGACAGGAACAAUAUGUUAUUCACCCAACCGUCGUGCGUUUCUAAGUCGUGGGCAUUUAUCCCUGCAAGCCGAAACAUUUACCGAUAUCAAUGAACUCUCGGCAUUGUGCGAAUUGGUGGGUCCACACGGUGCACGGUUUAUGGAUGAGCAGUUUGUGCGGAUGAUUGGGGGGUUAGUGAAUGCGACCAGGGAUAUGUUGUUGCAACAUCAAGAUGUAUUGGAGAGACUCAAGGCAUCAUGGACGGAUGAAACGAGGUGUUUAGAGAUUUUGAAAAAGUUUAAAAAUAUCAAGGACCAUACCUCUAAAACAAUUACGCUGGGCUUUAUCCUCACAUUCCGACACCUCCUCUCUGAAGCCGUCCAAAAAGUCUUGUCGGAAAAAUGUAGUCAUCUUUUUGCGUGCAUUGAGACGGCGCAUCGGCAUUACGCGCCCAAUAUCGCAGGUGUGCGGCCCUUCAGGGCCGUGGACACCCUCGCAAACGAUAUAGGCCUCACAACCCGCAUCGACACACGCAUCACAAGCGCACUGGGUAUCACGACCGGAACGUCCGAUGCAGGACUCUGGAACCUCCUCCCCUACCUCUACACAACCCAAUUAUGGCAUGUGGCAUUUGAUGAGAGUGGAGCUUACAAUGCGUUUAUUGAUGGGUUGGAGAAUAAUGGGCAUUGUCUUGCGGAGGCUUGGGCGGUGCUUUUGAGGGGGACUGAGGGGGAAAAGGAGUUUUGUAAGGUGGCUUCUACGAUGUUGAUGCGGUUAGUCAAUCGAAUGACGGAUAAAGAACUGCAAACAAAACAUUUAGAAUCCGCGUUUCUUGUUCUUAAGCGAUUUACGACAUUAACGACUUUACCACCCGACACAAUCGAGACUCUCAUCCCCCACGCAUUAUUCCAAUCCAUCAUAGGCCAAGUCCAUCGAAAACGGGAUGCAAAACGGGUUGCCAUGCCGAUUGCAGGUGAAGACGAAGUAGCAUUUUAACAAAAGUUUCUUUUUCGUUUUUUUUUUUUUUGGCUAUAUACAUUAUAUGUUGUGUGUGUCAUGUCGGAUGUAGUAGCAUACCAGACAACUUGUGCAAUACAACUCGUCAACUCCACCG